AGUUUUGACUGGGUCGACGAAAGCUAUAGGCUAUGUAUGGAAGACUUUUGUAAACCAUUUCAGAAACGUGAGAGCUCCGGGGAGAGACAAAUUGGCCUUCGCUUCACUGCUAAGCAAACCGGACUGACCGUAACGUUCGUUGAGUUCGUAAAGACUCCAUUUUUACGUGUGACGAUCGCAGUUUAUCGAGGGCCAUUGACAAGAUGGGGGAGCUUGUUGGCAAUAAACAUGUCGAGUAUAUAUUAUCAGUUGAAAGGAGGAAAGAUGAUUUCCUUUCUGUGCUUAUGGAUCAUUUGAGAAUGAAUGGAGCUUAUUGGGGACUAAGCGCACUGGAUCUUCUUGGAAAACUUGACACUGUGGAUUUGGAGGACAUUGUUUCGUGGAUCAUGAAAUGCCAACACGAGUCUGGUGGCUUUGGUGGAAACAUUGGACAUGAUCCUCACGUGCAUUAUACACUCAGUGCUGUGCAAGUUUUGGCCCUCUUUGACAAGUUAGAUGUUCUUGAUAUCGAUAAGGUGACUGGAUAUGUCGCAUCACUGCAAAAAGAAGAUGGAUCCUUUUCAGGGGAUACAUGGGGAGAGGUUGAUACUCGAUUCUCGUACAUUGCCAUAUGCUGUCUUUCAAUACUGAAGCGCUUGGAUUCGAUGGAUGUGGAGAAGGCUGUGAAGUACAUUGUGAGUUGCAAAAAUAUGGAUGGCGGGUUUGGUUGCACUCCUGGUGGAGAGUCCCACGCAGGGCAAAUAUUUUGUUGUGUGGGUGCUCUGGCUAUCACGGGUUCACUCCAUCACAUUGACAAGGACCUUCUCGGCUGGUGGUUAUGUGAGCGUCAAGUCAAAUCCGGAGGGUUAAAUGGCCGCCCGGAGAAACUUCCUGAUGUCUGCUACUCCUGGUGGGUCCUGUGUAGCUUGAUAAUGAUUGACAGAGCUCACUGGAUUGACAAAGAAAAGCUCAUCAAAUUCAUCUUGAACUGUCAGGACACCGAAAAUGGUGGAAUAUCUGAUAGGCCAAAUGAUGCCGUAGACGUGUACCAUACAUUUUUUGGAGUGGCUGGUCUUUCGCUUCUUGAGUAUCCAGGAGUUAAAGCCAUAGAUCCAGCGUAUGCCUUGCCAAUCAAUGUAGUCAAUAGGAUUUUCUUUGGGAGAUGUUCAACCUGACAGUCUGGAGCACGAACAAAAAAUAUCACUUUGUCGCGAUAUUUCUAGUCCAUUAGCUUCUGCAUUGUGGGAUGUAGGGAGAAGAGCAGAUCUGCAGGUGGGAGACGGCGGUAGAAAACAGAGAAAAGAUAGAAAUUUUGCUGUAAAAUGGCAAGAUUUUGGAUUAAUUAUGAUAGCUCCAAGAUUGUUCUCAUAAAAGCGAACAUGAUUCUUAGCGUCAUACCGCAUAUGUCACGGAUUUUCUCUGGUUUUGGAGGUUGGACAUGCGCCAUAUUGUGGAAAAUAUGUCUUCAAUAGUAGACCAAUUUCUAUCAUUUUGC